CCAUCCAGCAGAUGAAUGUUGUGUCUAAAUAGCCAGCAGUUGGCAGCGCAGCUCCUCGUUCCUGUCCCAGUUUUAGCUCUGGUUUUCCGAAGGUGUUUGUCUACAGACAGUGUUUUCCCUCGGUUCCGUUCGCGUACCAUGACCGAACAAUCAGCAUUACUUCUUCGAAAACAAUUAGCAGAGCUCAACAAGAACCCAGUGGAGGGCUUUUCAGCUGGUCUGAUAGACGAUGACGACAUAUACAAGUGGGAAGUUGUGAUAAUUGGUCCACAAGAUACUCUUUUUGAAGGAGGAUUUUUCAAGGCAUACCUAACCUUUCCCUAUGAUUAUCCGCUACGGCCACCAAAGAUGAAAUUCAUCACAGAAAUUUGGCAUCCAAAUGUUGCAAAGAACGGGGACGUUUGCAUCUCAAUUCUGCACGAGCCAGGAGAAGACAAGUUUGGUUACGAAAAGCCAGAGGAGCGCUGGCUUCCGAUCCACACUGUAGAGACAAUCAUGAUCAGCGUUAUCUCCAUGCUCGCAGACCCAAACAGUGAUUCACCAGCUAACGUGGAUGCUGCGAAAGAAUGGAGGGAGGAUCCUAACGGAGAAUUCAAGAAGAAGGUGGCUCGCUGCGUAAGGAAAAGUCAAGAGAUGGCGUUUGAUUAGGGGGUCUGCUGUAAAUUCCAGGUUAAAGGAAAUGCCUUCAGCGGGAAAACUUCAGCAAAAAGGCUUUUGCACCCUUUGUUUUGCCAGUCAAAGGAUUCGGUUGGACCCCAACCACGUUUCUGUGAACGGUCUGCCAGAUGAGCCAAUUUGAGAACACUACCAGCGAAAUUAUCCUGUUUCCUACCUGGAAUUGUAUAUUUAAUUUAAUUUAUUUUUGGAAAAACAAAAAAAGAAUGAUGUAAGAUAUGUCACUACUGUAAAUGAACUUGCUUUUUUA